AGUAGGGAGCUGGGACUGGCUUAUCCAGGGGCGAGGAGGCUUCGCGUCAGUCUGUGGUCUCAUCUCCGUCCGCGUCUGUGAGCGGCGAAGGCCGCGGAGCCCCUGCUCAUGGAGCUCCGGGCCCCGGCUCGGGCCGCGCUGCUCGGGCCGCUGCUGCUGCUGCUGCCGCUGCUCCUGCCUCCGUCCGGGCCAGCCGUGUCGGCCCAGAGCGCGGCCUCUGCUUGCUCUGAGAACACUAACCAAUCCUGCACUGAGUGCCUGAAGAACGUCUCGUGCUUUUGGUGCUAUACCAACAAUGCCUGUCUGGACUAUCCCAUCAGGAAAAUCCUGCCACCCAGCUCGCUGUGCCCGCUGAGUUCUGCCCGCUGGGGCGUGUGCUGGGUGAACUUCGAAGCCCUGAUCAUCGCCAUGUCAGUAGUGGGAGGUGCCCUCCUCCUGGGCAUCACUGUCUGCUGCUGCUGCUGCUGUAGGAAAAGGAGGAACCACAGGUCAGACAAGGAGGAAGAGCGUGCUGCUAGAGAGAGAGAAGAGAGGAAAGUGCGGCAAGAGGAAAGGAGAGCAGAGAUGAAGUCCAGGCAUGAAGAAAUCAGAAAAAAAUACGGGCUGUUUAAAGAACAGAACCCUUACGCCAGAUUUGAGAACUAGCCCUCCGUGGAGCUCCCUGCUGGCCGCUGGCGGCCGAAGCUCCUCCAAGGGGGCGUGGCUGCUCAGAAAUCACAUCCACAUCUUCCAUUAAUCUGAUGCUUUCAGUAAAGAGCCUUGUGUUCAAAUGAGACCCUCUCUAAUCCCUGAUGAAUUGUUGUAGCCAGUGAAACAUUCCAGCAAGAGAAGCUCUUCUCCUUGGCCCGAUGGAUGCUUCUUGGAUCCCAGUCAGUGCUCCUGAGGACAGAGGCUGGAAGCCGUCCUCUCCCUUUGUCCUCUUGGCUUAGCCACACCUGCAGGAGGGCUGGGGCUGGGGCGACACUGCUGCUCUCUGCUAGCCUGUCUUGCCCCUCCCAAGUCUUCCUCUGCUCUGUCUUGAGCAUUGUUUUUUAUUUCAGAGACCUUGAUUUUGGUUGAAGUUCCAUUUAAUCCUUCCUGACCAGACCCCCAUUGAAACGUGCACUGUUAUUGAGAGCGCUCUGGGAAGCUGUCUUUAGUUCACCUCCAAAAGAAGCCACCAUCUGUGAGCUUGGGUUUGUCUGCUCUUCUGAAGUACGGUGGAAAGAUGUCUUUGGAAAAGUGAACCAGAAUUACAAGGGUUUGGGGUUUUGUUUUGUUUUUUUAAGUCUCCUGUUUUUAACAAAUGCAGUUGACUCUGAGAACAGCACCUGCUCCCUCACAGCGCCCUCUCCAGAGGCAUGAGCUCAGCUGUGGGGUGUGGGCCCAGGCCCCAGGCUCCUGCCUGGGGAGCAGUGCUGACCAGGGUCUCUAGGAGGGGAACAAAGACCUGUGACAGGCAGAUAAGCAGCAUUCCCAAAUGCUCACAUCUAUCAGUGUGGCAGAGUCGGCCAGUAUUUCGGGGAACGUGGCCCAUGGUCUGAGGAGGAGUGUGCCGGGCCUGUUCCUGACUAGGUCCGUUCUGGCAGCCCACGGAGGCCAGACUGGGCGCAGGAAGGUCACGGUGGAGGAGGCUUCCAUUGUUGUGCUCCCCUUCUGCUGUGGAGAAGGCAGAGGAGGCUUCCCCCCAAAGUUAGUAUACAGUGUAACCCAAAGCUACUUUUAGGCUCAGCAGAGUUGGAAGUUAUUCUUGCACUCUUUUUAAAAACACUUUUUUAAUGAUGUAUGUAAUGGCCUUACUGUGAAUUAACCUUCUGACACUGAAAAUCUUGGCCAUCAAGAAACUGUCUUUGGCUUGAAUCUUUCUUCCCUAAAAUACUCAGCAGCCUGAGCAAGGAGCUCAAUGUGUCCUAGUCCACAGAUCCGUUUAGUGUGGGGCCCGGAGUGGGGAAGGGGCUUCCGGAGGAGCGAUGGCAAAAGCUGACUGCCUGGUGCCAUGUUAGUGCUGGGCCACACGUGGCAAGAAGAACCGACCUUCGAAGGCCUGUCAAGUAUCCCUAUGAUUACUGGCACACAUUUAAUCCUUUCUUACCUAGAGGAGCCCAGAUUUUUAAAGUGUAUCUGCUAUAUUUCUAUCCUAUUUCUAUACCAAGACCAGCCUAUAGCCACAGGCUAAUAUCUUCAUGCUUGUGAGUGCCUUAAAUUUUGGGAAUUUCAAAUAAAAAGAUUUAUUGUAAUUUUGUGUUAA